AUGGCGGCGACUCAAGCAAAGGGGACACUUUUACGUGUCUUACGAAACGACACGCCAGAUGAAAACCAAUACAUACUCCUCCACACCACGCCCACGAAUCCCUCCUCGCCGCUAAAUCUACAGCUGCACGCGACUGACGGGGAGUCGGCUUUUGGAUUGAAAUUGAAACAGAGUAAACUAGAUGAGCUCCGAGCCAAGUCCUACACCGGGAGUGUCGCAGAGAUGGAGAGGAUCUUUUCGGUAUUGCUGAAGAUUCCAAUCACGGAGCCACAGCUGGUCCCCAGGGGGGUUGAAAUGGCAGCUUCAGUGGAUAAAAAUUCUAUAACUCUGACGAUCCGCCAAGAUAUUGGUGGAAUCAAGCAGCGUAUCGCCGCCAUCAAGCUCCCAGAGGUAGAAGAAGACAUUCCUAUUUUCGAAUGGGCCAUCGAUAGCUGUGGUGCCGUUUCAGAUAGCUCUUCCGAGCUCAAAGACCUCCAAUCACAGCUAAAGCACCAGCAAGAAGUGAUUGAAAAACUUACCAAGCAGCUGAGCACCCUCGUAGACCUCAAAAAAGAACACGAGGAGAUGCUCCUCUCCAAGUUCGCCGUGCUCCUCAAUUCCAAGAAGAGUAAGAUUCGCGAACUAUCCCGUGCUCUAGAGGAGGCCACCGGAUCCCCCACAGGCCCAGGUCCUGCUGGACCGCACGGAUCUGUAGAAGUCAAGCCCGAGCCAGAACCUAGCCCAUCGCCGCCGCCAGCUCCUGCCCCCACCCGCGCAUCCCGUGCCAAACCAAAGGCCACGAUAGCGAGCAGAAAACGCAAACCCGUCGCCCCACCCAGUGAGUCAGAAUCUGAUGGUUUCGUAAAAAUGAAGGUCGACAAAGGGAAGUCCAUUGCACCACCGCCAGGUGAUGAAACAGAGGAUACGGAAGAUUCUGAAGAGGGUUAUAUACGCCCCAACGUGCCGUCUGAUCAUGAUCGGAGUGAUAUUGAUGACGAUGAUCUGCCGCCGCCGAGAAAGCCGUUUGAAGCGUUUACGCUGAUGAAGACGCCGGAGGAAUCCCAGACACAGGUAGGGGAUGCUGUGGAGGAAGAGGAGGAGGAGGAGCCCACAGUGAGAGGGAGAGGUGGAAGAGGGCGAGGCAGGGGAAGAGGUAGAGGUAGAGGGAAGGCAGGGGCGCCGGCGAGGAAGCAGCCGACAAGGACAAAGAAGGAAGAGAGUCCAGUCGUGGAACCCCCGGCAAUGGACGAAUCAUCAGGAGGGACCGAUGACGAUGAGUUGUGA